GCAGACCGAGGUGACAUACUCCACCCACAAUACUGUUUGAUCCGCAAUUGUUGGUGCCAGUGCAUAUUGUUGGUCGGUGUUGGUCGGUCUUCUUGUGUCUGCGGACGCAUGCGAUCGAUCAAGAUGUCGCCAAUCUCUGCAAGGUGGAGGCGCUGGAGCGUGGCCCCCAAGCCAGGUGCCAGUCCGGGUGAACGUGAGUGAAACUGGCAGGUGGGCGAGCGGCCAGACAUUCUUUGUUUUUGUUACUUUUCCAUGGUCCAUCUGGAAUAGACCUUUAACAGCUGUCACACCCUCCUUUGCUCGCCCCAAUACCCCGUCGUUGAUCUGGCAAAAUCCGCGGCGGAAACCUGACAGAUUGCUUCUCCUUCUCGAGCACAAGCCUGUCACAUUCUGCAGCGUGCCACCCUAAGCGCAAGCAAUGUCGACCUCUGGUCACACCUCUGGUGGCGUCUCGCCCCCCCAGCGUCAGAGCCUCGAGUCCGCUGAGGCCCUGCCCCUCACGGUUGACGAUAUCACUCCACGAUGGCUGUCCGGCAUUCUGGGGUUUAAGGUCAACGAUUUGAAAAUACACGAAAUCAUCCAUGGCGCGGGAACAAUCAUCCUCGUCGAGGUGGCCUACUCCGAAAACCAGGGCUCCUCCAAAGAGCUCCCGCCGACCCGCCUCUGCGUCAAGGGAGGCUUCAACCCCCAACUCCUCGAGGUUCUCCCUUCCCUCUUCGCCGUCUAUCGUCUCGAGGCCCAAUUUUACCACCACAUCGCCCCGUUGAUCCCAGGUCUCCGGCUCAUCCCCGCCCACUGGUGCGGCACCGACCCACCCGACGCUCGGGGCCAGGGGUUGGUGGUGAUGAGCGACAUCAAGGCUGCCGGCUACGCAUUUGGCGACCCGCUGCGCACGUGGCCCGUGGCGCGCGUGAAAGCGGGCCUCGUCCAGCUCGCGAAGCUGCACGCGCGCACCUGGGGUGCCCGCGAGGCCGAGUUCCCGGGCGUGCCGCGCGACUUUGGCAUGCGCGACGUCAUCACGGGUAUGAUGAGCCCCGAGAACUGGGCGCUGAGGUUUGAGGACCCGGCCGUGCGUCCGCCAAUACCCGAGGAGCUAUGGGGCAACCGGGAGAGGGUUGUCAGCGGGUUGCAGGCGCUGUGGGCGAACUCGGACCGGAGGAUGGUGUGCCUCGUUCAUGGUGACACGCAGAUUGGGAACACCUUCAUUGAUGCGGACGGGCAGCCUGGGUUCCUGGACUGGCAGUGUGUGCAUGUGAAUUCUGGGGUGCAUGAUGUCACAUAUUUCAUGACUGGUGCCCUGACAAUCAGUGAGCGGAGGGCUCAUGAGAGGGAUCUGUUCGGGUUCUAUUUGAGUGAGCUGCACAAGGCUGGUGCGCCGAAGUUCGAGGUCGGGGAGGUGUGGGAUGAAUAUCGCAAGUACCAAUUGCAAGGCUUCGCAUGGGCUCUCGCUGGACCUAUGAUGCAGCCCAAGGAAGUCGUCGACGCAAUCUCACAGCGUCAUUGUGCUGCCAUCAUGGACCACCGCAGCCUAGAGUUGCUGGAGUCAUUCUCUGGGGUCCAGUCAGGAAAGAGAGGGGGGCAGGAGGUCAGGAGUCGUUUGUAGGAGAGCCACCUUGGCAAUCCUCAACAGGAGCACUUGAGCCUCUUGAGCAGAGGGGGGCUCUCGUGCAUUCAGUUUUUUCGGGGACACUUCUGGGCGGAUUAUCUUUUCUAGCAAUGAACUUGGAGUUUGCGAGCUGUGGGUGCCUUGCCCUACAUCCGAAUCCCAGAUUCCCGUUCCCUGGGCGGGGACUAAGACGUGCAGAUGAUUUCGAAGACUUGACCUCGAAGCCGUGGUGCUGUACACUCUGGCGUCAAUGAGCCAAUCCAAGUCUGGCCUGUGAGGCCGUAGUGACUGAUUGAGUCAACUGUGUGUUUGGCUCGUGUAAAAAACACCCGGGUGGUUUGGAACGGUGCUGCUGGAGACGGGCAUCUGUGUACGUAGCCAAGUAGCCCAGCAAGGGUGGCAGCGAGGACAGUACGGAGUACUAUGUAGUCCUGUCGGGGGUGAGAGGUUGUGGGAGAUUGAGUGCAUCAAUGCACGCUCACAGGGCUGCUUGGCUGGUAUAGACAGGGAUUGAAGAAUAUGAUGUGCGGCUGACUGCAAUAACGUUCUGU